UUAUUAGAAUUAACUAUGAACUCCAAACCCUUGCAGAUAGAUUGCCGUAGAGUGAAGGACAAGCUAAACAAGGUAACAAAUUUUGAAACUGAUGAAGAGUUUGGUUUAGAAAUCUAAAUUCAGAAAUUUACUCUCUGCAGCUUGAAAAUCGCCAAGCAAACGAUCCUCGAUUGUAGUGAACUCUCCUAAGAGCAAGCCGAAUUAUAUUAGCAACAAGGUAGAUUUGAUUAGUUUCAUCAGCCAGUUUGGCCUUCCUAUUCAGUCGGAUUGUAAAGUUAACACUAAAACAAAGGAAAGAAUGACUAACAGGCUUCAAUCAACCCUAUCACUUCCAGAAAGCCAAAUUUCUAACAGAAAUAAGAAUCUCUGCAGGAAGAGAUAUCGGGUUUCUGGCUCUAUGGUUUCCAAGAGAACUUCGCAAGGAUCAUCUUUUAGCAGAAAUCAUGAAAUUAACCAAAAUUUAUCGAUUUUAGGCACUGGGUGCCUCAAGCCAGGAUGCUUCUCACCGAAGAAAAUUAAAGGCAGACACAUUAGAAGAAAGCAGCUGAAGGUCAAUUUUAAGGCCAAUUUGAACCUUGAUUUGGACGAUGACAUCCAUGACCUGGAUGAAGAAGAAACCCCAAAUCCGAAGAAGAUCAUUGACAUCAAGGUUGAGGAUUCUAUUGUCAAAAGCAUGGAGGAUCCAGUUCAAAACAUUCCUAUUUUUAGAGCUAGAAUCUUAAAGAAGAAACCAUGUAGAAUCAACAAAUCUAUUUAUACAAGAAAACAGUUGAUGAAACCAAGCUUUAUCUUGUUUUCACCCAUGUCAGGUCUGGAUAGUAUGCAAGUCCAUCAGAUUCGUAAAAAGAGAAAAUUUGAGCCUUUUAAGAAUCUAAAAUUCAUGACUGUAAGGAAGUCUUUUGAUGAUACGCUUCGAAUGAGAAGAAUUGUGAGCAAAUUACAUGACUAAAGUAAUGCUUAUACAGAUCCAAUUUCA